AUGUAUCAGCAUAUCCUUGCUUUGGUGUUUGCUAUCAAGGAGAUCAAGAGGAACACUGAGGUCUUACCAAACAUCACGUUAGGUUUCCACAUUGUGAACAACUACUUCCCUGCAAGGAUAACAUAUAAAGCAAUGUUGAGCUUACUUUCUACACAGCAGAAGUUUGUCCCAAACUUUACCUGUGAUUUAAAGAAAACAUUUAUUACUGCUAUUGGAGGACGUUGGACGGAGACCACAUUCAACAUGGCCACAAUCCUUGCCAACUACAAGAUUCCACAGCUUGCCUAUGGGACAUUUUCUUCAGGACAUGGAGAGAAGAAUAUAUUUCCAUGCUUGUACCAGAUGGUACCAAGUGAAAUGCAUCAAUACACUGGGAUUAUUCAAUUACUUCAGCAUUUUGGAUGGAUUUGGAUUGGGAUCAUGGCUGUGGAUGAUGACUAUGGGGACAUGUUUUUGCAGAAAAUUGAACCACUGCUUUCCCAAAUCAACAUUUGUUAUGCAUUCUUACUUAGAACACCUAGGAAGGCAUUUCUGGAAGAAUAUAUAAGGUUGAUUACAAUGGAAUAUAUGUAUUAUCAACUUUUUAUGAACAAUAAAGUAAAAGUGUGUUUAAUCUAUGGAGUAAUUCCAGCUAUGGAAAAUCUGAGAAUUAUCAUCCUUGUAGCAUCUGUUUUUUCAUGGCCACCUUUGGGUAAAGUGUGGAUUGUUACAUCCCAUUGGAAUUUUGAAUCACAGUCCAUGCAGAAAUUUUGGGACAUACAGAGUCUUUAUGGUGCCCUAUCAUUCACAGUUCGCUCAAAAGAGCCCCCUGGAUUCCAAGAAUUUCUUCACACUGUAAGGCCAUCUUGGGCAAAAGAAGACAAUUUCAUUCAGAAUUUUUGGGAGCAGGCAUUUGACUGCCUAUUACACAUAUCCAGUAUAAAUGAAAAUAGCAACACAUUUUGCACUGGAGAUGAGAAGUUAGAGAGUUUGCCAAACAUAUUAUUUGAAACGACAAUGAGUGGACACAGUUACAACAUUUACAAUGCAGUCUAUGUUAUGUUUCAUUCAUUCUUGCAAAGCAUCGUAUUCAACAACAGUAUGGGAGACACAAUUACAUUUGAUGAAAACAGAAAACUGAUUACAGGUUUUGAUGUUGCAAACUGGAUUACAUUCCCCAAUAAUUCCUUUUCCCGAGUCAAAGUUGGAACAUUAGAACCUCGAGCUCCACCAGGCAGAGAAUUAACUCUUAAUGAUAAUCAGAUUGUAUGGCACAGAAGCUUUAACCAGGUGCUUCCCCUUUCUCUGUGUAAUGACCACUGCUAUCCAGGUUCUAGCAGAAAGAAGAAGGAAGGUCAGAAAUUUUGUUGCUAUGAUUGUGUGCCAUGUUCAGAAGGACAGAUCUCUGAUGAAAUAGAUAUGGAUGCCUGCAUGAAAUGUCCAGAAAAUCAGUAUUCCAACAAUAUUAAAAGUCAAUGUAUUCCCAAAGUGUUUACCUAUCUCUCUUAUAAUGAAACUUUGGGAAUCCUCUUUGUUACAUUAGCUAUUGUUUUAACUUUGAUUACAGUUCUUGUGCUUGGAAUCUUUUGGAUGCAUAAAGAGACUCCAAUUGUCAAAGCCAACAACUGGAGCCUCACUUGUAUCCUCCUCAUCUCCCUUCUACUUUGCUUCCUCUGCUCCUUCCUCUUCAUGGGAAGACCUAAAAAGAUGACCUGCCUUCUCCGGCAAAUGACUUUUGGCAUUAUCUUCUCAGUGGUACUUUCAUCUGUACUGGCAAAAACCAUGACUGUGAUUCUGGCAUUUAUGGCAACCAAACCAGGCUCUGGAUUGAGGAAAUGGGUAGGGAAAGGACUGGCCAAUUCUAUUGUCCUUUUGGGUUCUUUCAUCCAGGUGGGAAUUUGCACAGUUUGGCUGUGUACAUCUCCUCCUUUCCCAAAAACAGACCUACAUUCACUGAAGAGAGAAAUCAUAAUGGAAUGCAAUGAAGGCUCAGUUAUCAUGUUUUACUGUGUCCUGGGUUACAUGGGCUUCCUGGCUAUUGUCAGCUUUAACAUUGCUUUCCAAGCCAGGAAGCUUCCCAGCAGUUUCAAUGAGGCCAAGUUCAUCACCUUCAGCAUGUUGGUCUUUUGCAGCGUUUGGUUGACGUUUAUUCCAACCUACCUGAGCACGAAAGGGAAAUACAUGGUAGCUGUGGAGAUCUUCUCUAUCUUAUCCUCCAGUGCUGGUUUACUGGGGUGCAUUUUUACCCCCAAGUGUUAUAUCAUUUUAUUGAGGCCUGAGAUGAACAAGAAGGAACAUUUAAUAAGGAAAUAA